AAUAUAUGUAUGUGCAUACAUAAAUGUACAUACAUAUAUGAACAUGCUCAGCUGUAUAUUUACGUGAGUAUGUUUAUGUGAAUAUAUUUAUGUAUACAGGGUGCGUACGGUAUUUGAGGACAUACAUGGAGGACUACAACUUAACUUAACAAAUGAAGAGACAUGCAGUUAUUGUCGCAUUAUAUGCAAAUCACACCGAUUUAGAAAUAUCGAAUUUUCUGAAGUGCGCCCGUUCGUUCGUUUAUAAGGUGCGCUGUGAGUUGGAAGCAUCAGGGGGCAACGCAGAGCCUGUUUCAAAACGCAAGAAGCACGAGGAACGUUCUCACACCAUCCGAUCGGCAGAAUUUGUUCAAAAAGUUCAAGCGAUUAUUGAUGAGGACCCUUCAAAGUCAAUAAGGGCCCUGGCAAAGGAUCUUAAUGUUUCUGACGGUCUUAUCCGUCGAGUUGUUCAUGAAGAUCUCCGGUAUAAGUCCUAUGUUAUGCGAAGAGGACAGUUUAUGUCGGAUAAAACACGAGAACAGCGAGUUAUACGUUCAAACCGUCUUCUUAACGAAAUUAAACACCCUGAAGCGGCGGAGAUGUUAUGGUUUUUUUCUGACGAAAAAAAUUUUGACCAAGACCAGAAGAUUAACCGGAGAAAUGACAGGUGGCUAUGUUCCAAUCCUACAGAGGUACCAGUGGUUAUGCACACCAAGUUUCCAGCCACUGUUAUGGUUUUAGGUGUUGUGAGCAACAAGGGACAUGUGAUGCCACCACACUUUUUCUCUCAAGGACUUCGAGUGAAUUCUGCUGCUUAUAUCGAGGUCCUGGAGACAGUUGUGAAACCCUGGAUUGAAAGUGUCUGUGGGGAUAGUCCAUACAUCUUUCAGCAAUACUAUGCUCCAUCACACAAGGCAAUGGCAACACAAGAUUGGAUGGCCGAGAAUUUCCAUGACCACAUCACCCCGAACUUAUGGCCGCCUAGCUCCCCAGACCUUAAUCUUCUGGAUUAUUACGUAUGGGGCGUAGUUGAGCGUGAAACCAAUAAACAUCCUCAUAACACUAUUUCUUCUCUGAAGACUGCAAUUAAUACCGUUAUGGUGAAUAUGAAUAGGGAUCAUUUAAUUCUGGCUGGUUUAUUAAGAGUUUUUUUUGUGUUAUCUAAACUCACUGAUGGUUCUUCUUCAUCCAUCUCUUCUUCAGCCGUUAACUUGGUUUUAUCUUCCAGUGAUAUUGGACUUUCCAAAUCAAUUUCAUCAUAG